GAAUCAAGGUAGAUGUUGACAAGGUUUCCACCGUUGUAGCCGAAAUCAGAGAAGAAAAUAUCUAUCAAGAAUUCUUGAUUCCGAAUUCCGAUAUCCAAGCUAUGUUUGGGCGUGGAAACAGAAGGGUAACCAAAAAGAUUGAGUCUCCAGUUUUCUUUGCAUUGCUGAUUUUAGUAAUAGUUGCAUUGGUGCUUUUCUUUGGAAAGAAUGGUGAUAGUAAGUCCACUUUGAUGCCUGACCUCAGUAGCCAAAAAUGGAGUAGCUUCGACUCGUUGGUUCGAUUGGAUCCAACCGUUGAAUUGAGGAAUGGGACUGAUUUGAUCUGGCAGAUUCCUGAUUCACCCCAGGCUGUUCUCUUCUUGGCUCAUGGCUGUAGUGGCCGAGCAGCUAACUUUUGGGAUAGGUCUCCCAAGUGUCCGGAUUGCGUUGGUUUACCUGAAGAGAGGCUCAUUGUGCUACAUGCUUUGGCUAGAAAUUUUGCUGUAUUUGCCAUAUCGAGUAAAGGUGUAUGCUGGUCGCUAGGGGAGGAACGGGGUGUCGUUAAAAGUAUGAUCUGGUGGUGGAUUUCUGAGAAAAAGAUGGACAAGCUGCCAAUCUAUGCAAUGGGAGCCUCGUCUGGUGGAUACUUCGUCUCUGCUCUCGCUGCAGAGUUCCAGUUUAGGGCUAUCGCGUUGAUGAUCGCUGAAGGGGUGUUUAGUAAUUUGGAUAUAAGGAAGAACUACCCGGCUACGCUCUUUGUCCACAUGCCUAAAGAUGAAAAACGAAACGGGAAGAUAGAGAAGUAUCUAGUGGUGAUGAGGGACAAGGGUAUCGAUGUUGCAGAAGUUAGAUGUAUGGAGUUCCCUUUGACACCUCGGUUUUUUGCCUAUAGGAUUCCGGGUCUCAGUCUGAACUUGUCAGUGAAGCUGUUCGAUGUUUUUCAGGAUAAGGGCUUUAUUGACGGGAACGGUUACAUGAGGGAUGAUGGGCGUGUGAUACCGUGGAAAACAGCCAUCGAGGAGAGGAAUAUUAUUCUCCCGAAGAAGUCAUUGGUCAAUCAUAUUCAGGAGGAAAUGAAUCUUGCAUUUGCUUAUCAUGAAAUGACUAGCUUGCAAUCUCAGGAAAUCCUUGACUGGUUUGAAUCUCAUAAGAGAUGACGAGCGGUUAACCUUAUUACCAGUCUCCGAUUCCUCUUUCCACAAAUGUGAUUACAGCUUGGGAGAAUAAUGCAUAAAUCUAGCAGAUUUGAUCAGUCUGCCAAUUUGGGUGAGUUGUGAAAGCCAAAGCUCUACACAGUUUAGUAUGAAGCUGUGCAGAUUGCAAUUAUCUGCUGUCAAGGACAGUUUUCUCGUUUUACCGGAUACGGCGGAGUUUUCUUGUUUCUUGAAUUAUGCAUAGAGAUCUUUACAACUAACUUGUCAAAAACCACAUUGUAUUGUUGGCCAAUUAGCACAUAAUUUGCUGACCACCAUCUAUUUGAAAUGAUUUAAAGCUAUUACCAAAUGA